AUGAGACUUACUCCGAUAUUGAUACAGGAGGCGCCGUGUUUUCGAAAUCCUGCAGGAGAACACGUUCUUAGCUUGCGAAACUUGCAAAUAGCAUUCAUUGAGAGUUUCAAUGAAACGGAUGAUGUUAAUGAAGCUCUGGACCUAACAAACAAUGAGAUACGCACACUUAGUUUCAACACACGCUUGAGGAGAAUCAAAACUCUCUUACUUGCUCGCAAUCAGAUUGUCGAUAUAGACGCUAACAUCGCUGCACUGCUUCCCCGUCUUAAUACAUUGUCAUUAGUUGAAAAUAAUAUCUCACAUUUGUCAAAUUUACUUCCUUUGAGGCACUGUCGCAACCUCGAAAACAUAUACCUCACCGGUAAUCCAGUCACAACUUCAAGAUACUACAAGGAGUUUGUUGUUUGGUUAAUACCUGGAUUAACUGUGCUUGACUUCGAGCGUGUGAAGCCUCGUUUAAAAAAGUCCGCUGAAGAAUUGCUGGGCACGUUUGACCAACCCAGCAAGCUAGCAUUAAAACUUCUAGACAAUAAAGAGCUGGAGCCUCUGAAGGAGCCUAGUUCCAUAGAAACACAGCAAUCGAUCAGACUCACAGAGGAAGAGCGAUCCAAACUGGAGGCCGAUUUGAUGAACGCGACUAGCCUUGACGAAAUAGAGCGCAUAGAGUUAGCUUUGAAACGAGGCUACAUAGAGUAA